AUGACUGUGUCAACCAAGUCGGCGAUCCUGACAACUGAUCCUGAUAGAUACAUCACCCAAGAUAGUCACAAGUUAGAGAUCGCUCCUCGUCCACCCAUGGCGGUCACUAAUGCUGUGUCGUGGCGGUCGGAAGGAGUCAAAUACAGGAAGAAUGAAGUCUUUCUUGAUGUCAUAGAAUCUGUUAAUCUUCUUGUGAGUGCCAACGGCAACGUGUUACGGAGUGAGAUAGUGGGAGCAAUCAAAAUGAGGGUGUUUCUGUCUGGAAUGCCUGAACUACGACUCGGCCUCAACGAUAAAGUUUUGUUUGAAAGUACAGGCAGAGGGAAGAGCAAGUCGGUGGAACUAGAGGACGUCAAGUUCCAUCAGUGUGUGAGACUGUCUAGAUUUGAAAAUGAUAGAACCAUCUCCUUCAUCCCGCCAGAUGGAGAGUUCGAGCUCAUGUCCUACAGGCUCAACACCCAUGUGAAGCCGCUGAUCUGGGUGGAGUCCGUGAUUGAGAGACAUGCCCACAGCAGGGUGGAAUACAUGAUCAAGGCCAAGAGUCAGUUCAAGAGGAGGUCCACAGCCAAUAAUGUUGAGAUCAUAAUUCCGGUGCCAACUGAUGCAGAUUCCCCCAAGUUUAAGACAUCUGUCGGAAGUUGUAAAUACUCUCCAGAAAUAAGCAGUGUAGUCUGGAGCAUCAAGUCGUUCCCGGGUGGUAAGGAGUAUCUGAUGAGAGCCCACUUUGGUCUACCCAGUGUGAUGAGUGAAGACCUUGAAGGUCGACCUCCAAUCAACGUCAAGUUUGAGAUUCCUUACUUCACUGUAUCAGGAAUUCAGGUUCGUUACCUGAAGAUCAUUGAGAAGAGCGGGUAUCAGGCACUACCUUGGGUGCGUUACAUCACCCAGAACGGAGACUACCAGCUACGUACCCAGUGAGAAGCUACUUCCAAUUGUCUGGGCAUCCUUGGAAUUGUCAACAGUGUCAAUGUAAAGUCCUAUAAGCUCAUCGCUGAACACCAUAUGUUCAGUCCUUGUAUGCCACACGGGUACUCAGAACAAAAUGGAGGCCAUUAUGGUACAACUGAUUUUAAGUAUCCUGAAAGAGAAUGAUAUGUACUUUAUGUGUCAGAAUCUAUUUAUAUGUUUGUUUUAUAUAAGAUAAUGCAAAUUCCUAGAUUGUUUAUUGAGAAAGCGGUGUGUGUUUUAAACAACUCGUAUUGAAACACUUUGCAAACGCAUAAUCAUGUUUGGGGUAAAAUCUGGCAAAAUGGCCACAAAAAUCAAACUAAGUUGUUCUUUGGAUUUGGACAAGAAAUAAUCCAACCAAAAAUGAAUCAUCAGGCUCAAAUGUGUGUUUGGACAUGGACUUGAGCACAAGAACAGGUUAUAUCUGAUCAGUGUUCGAAAUACCUGCCUGCCCGAUUGCUUGGCACGGGGUUAUUUUCAACACGGACUGCCAGAUUCUCAAAUUCACCUGCCCGACAGUCGGGUUAAAAUUUCGACAUGUAUAUAUGAAGAUAAUUUGUGGGCAGGUAAGUUUUGGUCAGGGCUGGCAAGUUUUACAUCUAACCAGCCCUGUGGACUGGCUGAAAGUUUCGGGAGUUUCAUACCCUGGUCUGAUGCUUGAAAACAUGAUGUGCUUUCUUGACGUUCAGUAUAGUUGUUCCUUUUCAACUGAAGGAAUAGUGAUCGAACAAAUAACAACACAUUCAAGGCAGAUCUAUAGCCAAGUCAUAUAGAAAAGUAAUAUAAUGUACUUUAGGAUUAUGGAGACAAUAUUCUGAUAAGGGAAGUUCCGUGACACCUGUCACAUAUAUUAUGUGUGUUAUGAAAUGAUAUAUCUCAUUAAUGCAGUCUUUGUUAGUUGGUGAAGCUGUUCUGUUGACGGCAGGUCGAUGUGCAUGUACAUAAUUGUUGUCAAAAGACAGAUAGACACAGUCCAUCAUCCAUUGUAUUUAUUUGUGUGAAAUAGAUGAAAUGCUGUUUGUUUGUUGCAUUUACAUGGCUUAUUUACAUUUAGUAAAGUUUAAGUAUUACCAAGGACAAAUCUUUGAUUUUAUCAUAUAUAAUCAGAAAUUGACAGCAAAGUAUUGAUCAUAACUUUAUUUAAAGAUUGUGCUGAAUUGUUAGAAUUUUAUCAUUUGUAGUUCAAUAAUGUAACAGAACUCAAUGUGCAGUAUGUAAUGUAUGCCACUAAAAUGGCAGUCAGAAGCUACGUAACAUUGAAGUGUUCAAUUCAGUCAAUAAUUUUCAAUCAGAUUGCAAUAAACAUAAGAUAUGUAUCUGAUUACUGAUUGAAAAGUCCAUUAGCGUCAGUUGGUCUAUGAAAGUAACAACCUGCAAAUGAUGUUGCUGAAUUCUAUUCAUAUUUGAUGUAUGAAUGAAAUUGUAGCAUGAUACAUAUUGUCAUCGUAAUGAUGGCUUAUUUGAGGGCAGUGCUAAAAUAGCUUUGAUAGUUUCACUGACACCAUUAUUGACAAAUUAUGGACAAUAACCACUAUUCUAAGAAAUGCAGGAAAAGAAACAGUGUUUUUUUGACUCAAGUAUGAUUAACAUGCUUGUUUGAAAAAAAUAUUUUCAGAAAGAUUAUUUUUUUCACACAUUCCUGAUUUUUACUCUGUAAAUCUGCAAACCAGUUGAUACAAAAUACACAUUGUCAAGACACUUGAGUGAAGCAAAUACACAAACAAGAAUUAGACAAAACUGAGGGAAAAUGUGAAAGAAUGAAGUUUGAGAUAUAGCACUGUUACCGGUGCCAUGUAUGAUGGAAUUAUUGUAAGAGGAUGUCAGCAACUUAAGUGAUAAGUUCUAAGAAAUGAUGUGCAGCUUGAAGGAAGCUAUCCUGCUGUCAGCUACAGUAUGCUAUGUGUCUACAUUCCUCAUGGUUGCACAAUUUGUCAUGUAUUUCAUCAAUUAAAUCUGCAAGUGCUA